CUUAAACACUGAGAACUCACAGAAGCCUUUUCUUUCUUCCUCUCAGCUUUUUACUUCCCUGUUUUCAUGCACCCUGUGAAAACUGCAAGCUCUAUUGCCAGCUUACCAGCCCAAAGACUUAGAUUUCUAUAGGUAACCAGCCUUUGACAAUGAAUCAACUGCUACCUGAGGACGUAAAGAACAUUAUAGCAGAAUUGGAAGCUUUUCUCUCUGAUACCUUAAAAGCAGAAAUAUUAUCAAAAAAGGCAAAAGAGAAGAAGGAGACCCUUAUAAAGAAAAUAAAGGAUAUUAAACUUAACUACCCACAGGAAUUUCAUGAUAAAGGAGAGCCAGAGGAUCUGGAUGAGUUCGAAGGGUUUCCUCAUCCCCCGGACACAUCUUCCCUUGCUUCGGAUCGAGAUAAGGAUGAUGAGUUGCCCUCUGAUGGGAACCUGUAUCCACCAGUUGCUGCUCAGGAUCUAGAGGUUUCAAAGGGCGGAUAUCUUGAAAAGCGCAGAAAAGAUCACAGCUUUUUUGCAUCUGAAUGGCAAAAGCGGUGGUGUGUACUGAGUAACUCCAUCUUUUACUACUAUGGAAGCGACAAAGACAAACAACAGAAAGGUGAAUUUUCUCUAGAUGGGUACAGUGCCAGGAUGAAUAAUACUCUACGCAAGGAUGCAAAGAAAGAUUGCUGUUUUGAAAUCUUCGCUCCUGAUAAACGUGUCUAUCAGUUUGCAGCAUCCAGCCCCAAAGAGGCAGAGGAAUGGAUUAAUGCAAUUUUAUUUCUACAAGACAGUGACGGUAAUGACCUGUAUGAUGAUGUGAGCCAGCCACCAGAUCCUAUACCUGCGCCAGGGACUGCUAAUCCCCUUCUUGAUGAUGAACAUGAUGAUAUUUAUGAAGAACUCCCAGAAGAAACCAACAAUCCUGUGACUGCAACCGAGAUUCCGAAACUACCCAAGACACCCGUAAGCCAGGCUCCCUCAAGCGAUAUUUCAAAAAAAGACAACAAAGACUACAACAAUUUCUACCGAGGCUUAUGGGACUGCACAGGGGAUAACUCAGAUGAAUUGUCUUUUAAACACGGUGAUGUCAUAUAUAUUCUCAGCCGGGAGUACAAUAGAUAUGGCUGGUGGGUAGGAGAAAUGAAGGGAUCCAUUGGCCUGGUGCCUAGAGCGUACAUAAUGGAGAUGUAUGAUAUUUGAGAGGCCUGGGAGCCAUCUCUUAAUAGAAACACCAAGAAUAUAUCACCAGAUGCUUGGAAUAUUGUAAUUUGUCCUUUGUGUGUAUUAUUGUAUUUUUCCAUUUUUCAUUAAGUUCAUUAAAUUUACACCAAUGUGUGUGUUACUUUCCUUAGUUCAACAGACGCCAACAGACUACUGUGUGAAUCCAAUUUCCCCACCUAUUACUGUGUUAAUCACUUGUAGGCUAGAACAUUUGGAAAGUGAUACUACUAUACUAUGUGCUUGCAAUAAUGUGCAUGAGUUUCUUAAAUUAACAGUACAAUUUGCCAAUACGAGUUGCAAUUUCAAUCUGAAACUUUGGUUGUUUACUAAUACAAAGAUAAUACAAUAUAUUCACACUCACCAUUGUAAUGUUUUCCAUAUGAUAAUUGUAUGUUAAAAUAUUAAAUUCUAUUGGAAAGAAAUGUUGUGCCUUCACUUCCACAAUUUUUGUGCUAAUAUGCAGUGUUUUCAAUUAAAUACUGUAUUUAAAUAAAUAUAUAUAUAUAUAUAUAAAACUGCAAGUACUGACUGUAUUGUUUAACAUACAUUUACCUAUGUAUUUAUGAAUAGAAAAUGCAUGUGUAUUUUAAAUAUAAUUUUCAAGUUGAUGCAGCUAGUGGCCAGCAGAUGGCAGAUGUUUGAUAUAAAUGGUGAAAAGAAAAGUACAGCCCUUCCCCCUAAAAAUUAUUUUAAAGGUGCGCUGAAGCAAAUGUAUUCCACUGGCAGAAAUCUAUUUAUAUCCUUUCUACCUGAUGCCCAGGAGAGGGAGUCCUUCACCAACUGAUCAGCCAACUGCUUUGACCUUUAGUUCACUUUUUCAUUUUCAUGCUCUUUUUUGUUUUGUUGGCCUUUGGAUUUUAGAAUUUUAGUUUUAACCCUUAACAGCACAACUACAAUCUAUUUAUAUUUCCUGUUCCCCGUUUUUACAAUCCUUUGAAACUCGCAGACACAAUUGUAUUGGUCAGUUAUAUUUCAGUAAACCGUUGUCUCCUGUCAGGGACAUUUAUUGCUUUGAUGAAAAAAAAAAAACCCGUUCCUUGCACACCUUUGUAUUUAAACAUCAGCGCCAGAUUGAUAUUGUAUAGUGUGUGCUGUGCUUGCCUUUCUAGUCUUUCACCCUGCAAAUUUCUAAGGUUCAAAUAAAGUUUAAUUGUUUGUGAA